UACAUGGCUUCACAUACAUCAUUAAAUUGCAAAAUGCUAUCCACUCAAAAAAGUGUCAUCUCUAGUCCCAUUUUCUCUUAUCCAUGUUUCAAAGUGAAGAAAAACAUUAAUGGAGAAACAAGAACCAUCAUCGUUUCAAUGGCUAAAAAAGAUGACUUUUCUCAAAAAUCAACACCAAAUAUUUCACUAAAGAUCGUUUCUCAAGCAGCUGUUGCUAUUCUUGGAUUGGGCUUCAUUGAUGCUGGAUAUAGUGGAGACUGGUCAAGAAUUGGAGUUAUCUCAACAGAGAAUGAAGAGUUUCUCAAGACUGGAGCCUUUUUUGUUGUUCCUUUGUGUUUAUUUAUCAUAUUUUCCAUCUCCAUGACGGAUGAUGAAUGAGUUAGAUUGGGGUUAUUUCCCCAUACAUUAUAUAUAGAUUUUUACUAUUUUAAUUACACGUAUAUUUGAAUAUCA